UCUCUUUUUCUUUCCUGUCUUCUCUUCUUCCAUUCCUCAAUUAAAAGUAUUCUUCAAGUAUCUUUCCGCAUUCUUCGGGAUUUUUAUCAUUAUCAUUAUCAGAUCAUAUCAUUAUCAGAUCUUACCACAAGCAAGCUGUGAGCUGUAAGCGGUGGGAUUGUUUGUUUACACCUAGCUACCUCGCUAUCUAUCUAUCUAUCUAUCUACUCUACACCGAUAUUGUAUUAUUCGAAUACUGUAGUUGCAAUUACAAUUACAAUUACAAUUACACUCUCAUCCUUCAUUCUUGGACAAUCCAUCCAAAGAAUCCAAAUUAAUUGAGAUUAAGAAAUUAACGUACGUUGAAAUAGCUAUUCACUUAUUUCCCAAUUCCUCAAAACCAUAUAAUCUUACAUACUAACCAUAACUCUAGAUUCACAUCUACUCAUCUCAACUCACCUCAUCACAUCCAAUCCUCACACCAAAUCGUCCAAUUCACCUCGCUCUUCACCCCCAAAACCCACAUCCAAAAUGCAAGAAAACGACGUAAUCGCCAUAAUAAUCAUAAUCCUCUUUCUACUCCUCGCACUCAUCGCCUACGGUAUCUACAGAUUAGUCCAGAAAGCUCGAGGAGAAAGUUCUACCGUGUCGGGAAGUACGGAGACUUCGGGGAGUUUGGCGGAUGAUUAGGUGAUGGAUGAUUUUUGAAGUUGAGGUUGGGGUUGAGGGAUGAAAGAGUAGGAAUGAAUGGGAAUUUUUGGAUUUGGAUGGGGAGUUGGGAGUUGGAUGCAUACUUAUGAGAGGAUGCUUGUGAGGAUUGGAUAUAUGCUAUGACUGGAUGAAUGAUUAUAUGAAUGAAUGGGUGGAUGGAACGGUGGAUAAAGGAAGGAGUAUUCUGCAUGCUCAUGCUCAUGCAUACACGAAUACGAAAAUUGUGAUUGAUCAAUCAAUCGAUCAAUCAAUCAUGAACUUUUGGGACAGGAUGUUAUGAAAAAAUCCACAAAGCGAAACAGAAGAUGGGAUAUAAAUGGAUAAAUGCACAAACGACGGAAACUGGCAUAGAUUCCCAGUGCUAAAAAAAACAACCGAAAAACGA